UCAUACAGGAUUGUGUGUGCUACCUGAUUUUGUGUCCUCUCGACUCUAUUGAAAGUCAUGGCAGGUCCUGAUCUGAUAAAAACUCUUCUGUACACCGUCAAUAACCUGCUGCAGCAGGAGAAGUACAAAGCCGCGCUAGCUGUGCUGAAAGGAUUCAGAAACGGCGCCGUGUAUGGGGCCAAAAUCAGAGCACCACAUGCUCUGGUAAUGACAUUUCUGUUCAGGAGUGGCAGUUUGAAGGACAAGCUCAGAGCCAUUUUGAAGGCCACGUACACCCACUCUCGCAACCUGGCAUACUUUGUGUUUACAUACAAAGGACUGCAAGCACUGCAAGAGAGGUGCCAGGGGAAGAGUUUGCAGUCUCACUCCUUUCUGGCCGCCUGUGUUGGAGGAUGGUUAGUGUUUGGAGAUAACAACAACAUCAAUAGCCAGAUCAACAUGUACUUACUGUCAAGGAUCCUGUUCGCCCUGUCUCGACUGGCCGUGGAGAAAGGAUUUAUCCCACAGCCGAAACACGACCCUUUCCCCCUCUUCGCCACACUGGUGUGGGGCAUCGUCCUGUGGCUGUUUGAAUAUUACCCUCACACCCUCCAGCCGUCGCUGCAAUCCUCCAUGAACUACCUCUACCAUGACAGCAACGUGUGGCACGACAUAACAGACUUCCUUGUUUAUAAUAAGCCAAGGACUGCCGCUUAGAUGUGAAACUUUAGGUUUAUCAGUACAGACCAUACCUCUACAAUUCAUGAAUUGCAUUAUUUUUUUAGAAUCACUAAUAUUCCAAAUAUUAUUGAAUGUUGCCUUUUUAAUAUUAUAACAAGAUCAUAGUUUGCACUGUACAACUUUGUUUUGUUAAUGGUUGAUUCAUUGACAUGUAUAUCUUGAGUGCCAGCUCGCACCAAAUUUCCAGUUAAAGACAUUUGGCCUUAAAAAGCAAUAUCUGUAUCUACCUAGUGUUUUGUUUUUGCUGAUAUUUAGGGUGAUUGACCAAUUGUCUUCUUUUAAUUCCCAGGAGUAUGUCACCAAAUUCAGCUGCCACAGAAAAAGCGACAAAAGGUCUUUUAAUGCAAAACUUGCUGAUAUACAAAGACAAAAAUGGGAAUUUUCACAAUAAAAUGAUUAACUGAUGAAGUAAAAUAUGUCUAUUAAACACAAAAUUAAUAAAAACUUUAAUAAUGACAUUUCUUUUUAGUUACAACAGUUAUAACAGCUGUUCAAGUACUGAACAGCUGUUGACUACCUGAGAAACGGAUGACUACCUGAAAUACAGUAUUUUAAUGUGAUUUAAUGUAGCACUAUGACUCACUCGGUGUGUCAUAACUAAUGCGCUGAGGAUUCCCUCACAAUGCUGGAACAUAUUGAUCUCUUUGUAGCAGCUGCACCAGAAAUACUGGCUCUAUGUGCUGAAAUUAUUGUUAAUGUACUGUUUAUGUUUGUUUUGAAGGUGUGCCAUAAUUGUAUCUUUUUUAAUGAGGAAUGAAUGAAAUCUUGUUUCAGUCAAACCUGAUCCCAGUUUUUUGUCUCCCAAGGCUUAAUCAUGACUUUUGCUAUUCGAUCUUACCUAAAAGAAUAAAUUGUCUUCAAAUGCUUUGCUCAA